CCCAAAACAAUCAGUCGCUGUACGAGUCGUCCCGGCCGCCUAUUCCGUCAAUCGAGAUAGCAUCUUGUUGAAAAAACAAUCAUCUGCUCUCAGUAAACCCAUAACGACGAAUCAAGUACAAUGGCUGUCGAAGCUGCUCCUGUCUCUCCCGUCCCUAUUGCGGAGCUGACCAAGAUCACCUCUGAUGCUUGCGAUGCCGCCCUGAAGGAUGCCACUGAGUACGAGCACGGUCUCGUCGGCAACUGGAACUCGCAGAUCAUCAACACCGUCCUCAAGGCCCUCAUCUCCGCCACCGCUCCUUCCGAGUCCAACAAGCCCGCUCCCUACCGUUUCACCGUGAACAGCACCAUCGUGCAGCAGGGCAUCAUCGACAAGACCGCCGCCGCGGACGGCACACAGAGCAAUGCCGGCAAGCGCGGUAUGCACUCCGCCUCUGGCGCCUUCUGGGACGUCAACCGCGACGGCAUGUGGACGUUCAAGUAUCCCGGCGCCGAAGAGCGGGGAUUGGAUGUUGUCGUUAGCGUGACGUGGUUUGCCGUGAACUGAGCGGAUUGUUUGGUUUUUCUCUGAAAUUAUUGGCGAUCUGAGCUUAUCGGGGGUUGUUUGGAAUAGUUAUAGGAGGAUGUGUGGAAAAUCAUGGCCGGCAGACUCGUUUUAUGACUAUUACUGGAAGAGCGUGUCCGAUACGGAUUUGAUAUACUCGUUUCGAUCGGUCCAUUUCCAUUUUGUUCCUUUGUGAUGUAUUUUGACACCCAAUUUGUCUUUUCAUGUUAUUAUGUUGAGCGAUCGGCUUGUCUAUGACUAUGUCA